AUGGAAAAGUUCCAGGCCGCGAUGGUUCUCGGAGGAGCGGGAGACGCCCUGGGAUACCGCAAGGGCCGGUGGGAAAUGUGCAUCUCAGGGAAUCAGAUUCAGCAGGAACUGGCAGCUCUCGGGGGCCUCGGGGCCUUGAAGCUGGACGCCGAUAACUGGCCGCUCAGCGACGGAGCCCUGAUGCACAUGACCACAGCAGAGGCGCUCAUCACCGAUUACUGGUGUCUGGAGGAUCUGUACCGGGAGCUGGUGCGCCUCUACGUGGAGGCCAUGGUGUGUCUGCAGGGUCGAGCUCCGGAGCCCAGCACUGCGGAGGGAUGCGCCAACCUCAAGCCACACAACUUCCUGUUAGCCUGGCACACGCCCUUCAAUGAGAAAGGUUCAGGUCACGGAGCCGCGACUAAAGCCAUGUGUGUGGGCAUGCGCUACUGGCAGCCCCAGCGGCUGGACAACCUGGUAGAAGUGAGCAUAGAGACGGGCCGGAUGACACACAAUCACCCCAUAGGGUUCCUGGGUUCUCUGUGUACGGCGCUCUUCGCCUCGUACGCCAUCCAGGGAAAGCCGCUGGUCAGCUGGGGUCGUGACCUCUUGACGGUCAUUCCUAAAGCCGAGGAAUACUGCAGGAAAACCAUCCGGCACAUGGCAGAAUACCAGGAGAAGUGGUUUUACUUUGAGGCCAAAUGGCAGUUUUACCUGGAGGAGAGAGGAAUAGAAGACGGUCAGAGUAAACCCAUAUUCCCUGACCGAUACGACGCUGAAGAGACAGACAAGAUGUAUAAGCGCUGGAGUUCAGAGGGCUGUCCCGGACGCAGGGGUCACGACGCUCCAAUGAUUGCGUACGACGCUCUGCUGGCGGCCGGAUCCAGCUGGGAGGAGCUGUGCAAACGGGCCAUGUUUCACGGAGGUGAGAGCAGCGCGACGGGUCUGAUCGCCGGCUGUCUGUACGGGCUGCUCUACGGCAUCGGACAGGUUCCUGCCGGACUCUAUCAGGAUCUGGACAAAAGACAAAAACUGGAAGAUCUGGGAGAACGACUGUUCCGAGCAGCGGCUGUAGAGAAAGAUCAGAGAGACCAUCAGAUCUCCAUCAUCCCGACCCUGGAUCGUCGAGCCGUGAAACAGCUGAUCCUGGAUCGCUCAACUCAACCGGAAAUCAGGGCCAUCCUGGAGAAUCUGCUGCUUUACCAAAGCCCGGAUCCGCCAAACCCUCCGUCGGCGGCCACGAGAAGAGCCGGUCCACGUCUCACCGCCUUCCAGCUGCUCAGAUCCAGGUUUCUGAAGAGCGUGCCGAAGCCGGUGCUGAGCCGCAGACGAGAGGUGGGCUCUCUGAACGGCAAACACUGGCAUGUUAAACACACACACGGCCCGAGAGCUGAUUCAAGACCUGCCAUGAAGAGAAGAACCUCCAGAGUUCAGGACAUGCUGGAGAAAUUCACAGCAGCGGAGAACAACGACAUAAAGAAACCACCAACACACCGACGAACAGGAGGAUCCGUGUUCAGCUGCUUAAUCAAGACCUUUGAGACUCUAGUGAUGGAGAACAACAGAAACGAUUCAAUACACAAGAACAAGAAACACAAGAACAAAUUAACCAAUUCACAAAAAUCACUGAAGAAUCAUGAGAAUGAAUCAACUGAUUCACAAGAGAUGCUAAAGCAACACAGGAAUGAAUCAACCGAUUCACAAGAAGUACUAAAGCAAUACAAGAACAAAUUAAAUGAUUCACAAGAAUCAUUAAUGCAACAUGAGAACAAAUCAAAAGAUUCACAAGAAUCACUAAAGCAACACAAAAACAAAUCAAAUGAUUCACAAGAAUCACUACAGCAACACAAGAAUGAGUCAAACGAUUCACAAGAAUCAUUAAUGCAACAUGAGAACAAAUCAAAUGAUUCACAAGAAUCACUACAGCAACACAAGAAUGAAUCAAACGAUUCACAAGAAGUACUAAAACAACACAAGAAUGAAUCAAACGAUUCACAGGAAUCACUAAAGCAACACAAGAGCAAAUCAAGAGAUUCAAAAGAAUUACUAAAGCAACACAAGAAUGAAUCAACUGAUUCACAUGAAUCACUAAUGCAACUUGAGAACAAAUCAAAUUAUUCACCAGAAUCACUACAGCAACACAAGAAUGAAUCAAACGAUUCACAAGAAGUACUAAAACAACACAAGAAUGAAUCAACUGAUUCACAAGAAUCUCUGAUCGAGAACAAAUCAAAUGAUUCACAAGAAUCACUAAAACAACAAAAGAACGAAUCAACCAACUCAAAAGAAUCACUAAAACAACACAGAUGUCAGACUACAGCAACACAUGACAAAGUCCCAGCAGGACAGAAAGAGCUCAGACUCCAGGACCUGACUGAGGACUUCCGUCCAGAAAUGAAGGAUUCAUGUGUUGUUGAUGUGACUCUGAGAAAGAGUCGAGCUGAGGAACCAUCAGGACAUCAGCGUCUCAAUGGAAUCAUGAUGCAUCUGGACUCCAUCGGUUCUUCUCCUGAGGUUUUAGAAAUGAACUCAACAACUUUAGACAUGAACACACAGACCCUACAUCAACCCGGAGCCCAGAAGAACCCAGAAGAUCUGCCACAAGAUCACACGCAAAUCACAGCACACGAGUCCUCAAACUCAGAAAACAACACACGACCCUCAGCUGAUCUUCAGGAGGACCUCACGUCUCCUCUGAAUGACUUUAAGGACGAUCGCAGCUCAGAUCUGCAGUUUCUGCUCAGCUUCAGUUCAUCCAGAGGAUCUGAUGGAGAACAGGACGAGGAUCUUUCUCACAUGAAGGACAGAAAACAGGAUCUGUAUUUCAGUGAUCUCAGCGUUAGUGCUUCUGCUGGUCAGAUUCCACCUGAGCUGAAGAUCCAUCAAACACAGGAGAAAACUGGAGAAACACCAAAGUACCGGAGCAUGAAUUACUGCGAUCCUUCAGUGAGACUCACAUUCAUCCCCAAAACCAUCCGAUUCACAGACACUUUCGACUUCUGAAGACUCUCUGUUCUCAGAUCAGCACAUGCAGGUUUAAUCACGGUUAUAUCAGAUUUAAAUGAUCCACAUCAGACAAUAUAUUUCACAUCCAAACACAUGCAGCUCAACUUAUGUUUUUAUUUUCACACACUGUUUCUCUGCGGCACACGGAAGCUUGUUUCCACAGCACCAUGAAAAAAUAUAAUUGUUCAUUUUUUUCUCACAAUUUUAACUUUUGUGCAGUUCUGUGUUUAUAUCUCACAAUCCUGAUUUUUUUCUAGCAAUUCGGCAUUGUGAGAUAUAAAUUUAGGAAAAACGAAACAAAAACCAAAUUAAAAAGAGUUAUUUUAGAGACGACUGUGUGUGCAGCGUUAGAAUAGUGAAACAAAGCGUCCUCCCGUGGGUUUAUCUGGUUCACAGCUGCGCAGCGGGAAUCACAAACAACAGCCCACAAAUCUAUGAAACCAUCAAUAACACAAUCAAUCAUCAUCAAUGUCUGCUCCUAGAAAACUAAUGCUUCAUCAUGCAUAUGCAAACAGGUCAGAAGAUGGAAUAAUGUUUGUGAAACAAGUCUCUUCUGCUCACCAAGGCAACAUUUAUUUAAUCAAAAUACAGUAAAAAUAGUGAAAUAUUAUUAUAAUU